AUGGACACAGAGUGCCCCCAAAUCACAGCCUCUCCCCCAGAUAUUUUAUAUAUAUAUGCACGGUUGGAUCGAUCGGCCGUGCCACUGCAGACGGGAUUGCGAUUACAAUAUGCCCUAUGCCCACCCACCCGGGCUGGGAUCCGGGACAGUGGCUCAUUCAGCAGCUUGCAGAUGAAACUAUGCGUGUUUCUGGAACCACUUUACUCUGUACGCCUAAAGCCACGCGUCCACGCGCGCUGCAAAGAUUUAAGAGCUACAGUCACAGUCAGUCACAGUCAGUCACAGUCACACCUACGAGAACCGGAUCGCCACUCGACGGGAUCAGGGGGUGGAGAGAGAGAGAGAGAGCGUGACCAAAGGCUACACCUUCUGCACCAAGCUGCGAUUGAUGCGCGCGCGGCAAAAACCAUCGAGUCCUCUCUGUAUCUCCUCCCGGAUUUCACACCUUAUAUGCCUUGA